UUCAGUCGUGCGACCGUUUUGGUGAUCGGCCCGAGUUUCGCCUUCAUCGUGUGUCGUGCAACGUGUAGUACAUGGGGUAACGAGAAGCGAUUAACAAACCAGCUCCCGAUCAUCAAUCGUUUGGUCGUAAGAAAAUCAAACCUGUUUGAAAUCCUGUCGGCCGUCGUAAAGGGUGUCACCGCAGCCUCUCACACUGCACGCGCAAACACAGAAAUGAAAGUGAAAAGACGGAGCAGCACGGCAGUGCAGCGUGUGAUCUGGACACAAGCGAUGGAGGCACAACUUGUAGAAUUUUGGCAAGCUCAUCUGAGCCUUUUCGAUGUGGCCUCACAAAAUUAUCACGACCACAACAACCGUGAAAAUAGUUGGAUGGACGUUGCUGCUCAAUCACAGCUGCCUGGUCAAUGUUUUUCAUUAGCAAUUUAGCAAAGUUGAUGGUGGUGGUGUGUGUGUCAGUUAAAGACAGAGAAGGAGAGCGAGAGACAGAUUUUGUGUUAUAACCUUCAUGUUAGGGAUGCAGAGUGUGAGCACUCAGGUCGCAUCAGAGCAUCGGGCUCUGAUGCCCGAUGCUCUGAUGUAUAGUGUGAGACCCUGCAUCACGACCUACGAACUUCUAACCCCUGCCAGUCAAUCGUACAGUUUGCGCAGGAGCUGAAAAACGCGACUGAAAAAAACGCACAGUGUAUGCCCAGCUUAAGAGGCGGCUGGCUUGACCACGGUGUAAAAACUGCCGUCCUUACCGGAAGUCACUGUCUGAGUAAACACCAUAACAGCUGGGAGUUUCUGUUACAGUAACUGAAAAGUUAAGUUUCAUAUUCAUUUUCCGGGACAUCAACUGCUGUCUAUGGCCGCAAAAGAGACCAUACUAUCAGGACCAGUGUCAUAAACUAAACCUGAACUGAAUCUGCGUAGUCGUGGGCAAAUAUUUUUCUUUCCUUGUGCUGACCAGUUUGUUUAGGAAGGAGAUAUCGAAUAUUGAAAAAUAAAAAAUGGAGAGAAAAAGUCUGCUUCCAGGAUUUCCAUGGGAAAAAUAUGAGAAAGACGAAGAGGAAGAAAAAAGAAUUAGCCUGAAGAAAAGAAAGAGAGUCAUGGAUGAUGAAGAUGAGAACAACUUGUGGCGUGUAAAAUGUGGAACCAAAAGGGGUAUCCUAGAUAGAGAGAAGUUGGAAGACGGUAAGGCAUGUAUUAAGUGUGAAGGCAACUUGUACAGUCCACCUGAGUUUGAGAAGCUUGCAGGAAAAGAGCCAUGUAGAAAAUGGAAGUCAACUAUUUUCUACAAGAAAAAACCUCUGCAGUUUUGGUUUGAGGAAGGCUAUCUAACCACUACAGGAUAUAGACAAAAGAAAAGAAAACGAAAAUCGUCAGCCUCAACAGAAGAAAGUGAGGAAGAUCAUGUUGACGAUGAAGAUGAGGAUGAAGAACGGGAAGAUGAGCAUAUGGAUGAAGAGGAUGAUGAGGAUGAAGAAAGUGAUAAUGAUGAAGAUGAGACUGUGCCUGCUGUUGCCUCUAACCAUACUAACAGCAGUGAUAUCAAAGAGAGAGUAACACCUACAAUUCCAACACCUGGAAAACAUGCAUUAGACAUUAAAGAGAAGACUAGACAUCAUCCUGGCAUGCCAAGAUCUGAAGUCACUGAAAAUCCCAGAGAUGUGGCAAAAAACACAGCAAUCAAACAGCAAAAUGUUAACAAAGAACCUGAAAAGAAACGGAAGAAGACAACAACCAGCACAAUUCCAACACUUGUGAAACCUGCACUAAAGAUCAGAGAAGUAAAGGGUGUCGUUAAUAGCCUUCCUGAGAAAGCUACAGAUCAUCCUGACACGACAAGAUCUGAGGUCACUGAAAAUCCCAGAGAUGUGGCAAAAAACACAGCAAUCAAACAGCAAAAUGUUAAGAAACAACCUGAAGAGGAACUGAAGAAGACAACAACCAGCACAAUUUCGACACCUGUGAAACCUGCACUAAAGAUCAGAGAAGUAAAGGAUGUCAUUAAAUUCCUUCCUGAGAAAGCUAGAGAUAAUCAUGACACAACAAUAUCUGAGGUCACUGAAAAUCCCAGAGAUGUUGCAACAAACACAGCAAUCAAACAGCAAAAUGUUAAGAAACAACCUGAAGAGGAACUGAAGAAGACAACAAGCAGCACAAUUUCGACACUUGUGAAACCUGCACUAAAGAUCAAAGAUGUAAAGGGUGUGAUUAAAUUCCUUCCUGAGGGUCUUUACAAUGUAAAGCACAAUGAGAAAGCCAGAGACCAUCCUGAGAUGAAAAGAUCUGAGGUCACUAAAAAUCCCAGAGAUGUGGCCAAUAACACAGCAAUCAAACAGCAAAAUGUUAACAAACAACCUGAAGAGGAACCGAAGAAGACAACAACCAGCACAAUUUCAACACUUGUGAAACCUGCACUAAAGAUCAGAGAAGUAAAGGGUGUCGUUAAUAGCCUUCCUGAGGGUCUUUAA